UGUCGCUAUGAUUCACGCUAUCCCGGCUGCGUAACGACUAACGACUAACGAGUGUCGACGACCGUAAAGGAUAACGUCCGCCAUUUUCACGGUCGUCUCACCCGUGCGGUCACCUAUUCCUAGUUUUUAUUUUUUAUUCUAUUUGUCGCACGCGUUAUCGUCGUCAUGCUAUAAAUACUGUUGCUUGGUAUUUUGUGCGUUUUAGAGUGUAUUUCGAUACUUUAGUGUACAGUAAGGACCAGUUACCGCGAACACAAGAUUCACGAUGAGUUACAGCAGACCGCCGCCACGGAUUGAAGGCAUGGUAUCGUUGAAAGUUGACAACCUCACCUACAGAACGACGCCCGAGGACCUGAGGAGGGUGUUCGAGAGGUGUGGAGAAGUCGGAGACAUCUACAUUCCCCGUGAUCGGUUUACUCGAGAGAGCAGAGGGUUUGCUUUUGUCAGAUUUUAUGAUAAACGUGAUGCAGAAGAUGCAUUAGAUGCGAUGGAUGGUCGCAUGUUAGAUGGUAGAGAAUUACGUGUUCAGAUGGCUCGCUAUGGACGUCCAACUUCACCAUAUAGACGAAGACGCAGGAGGUCUCGUUCGCCUAGACGUCGUUCAUACUCAAGGUCCAGGUCUCGUGGUCGUCGUUCACGUUCUUAUUCUAGAUCACGUUCACGUUCACGCUCUGGUAGUAAAAGUUCAAGAGGACAUUCAAAGUCAGCCAGUCGUUCAAGAUCAUAGAUGUGAAUUUUUCAAAAAUUAUAUGGAAAAAUCAGAUGAAACAACAACAGUUGCAUAAUUUGUUUACAUUAUCAUAACGAUUAAAAUAUUUUAUGCCAUUUAUAAACCUGAAUUAUUUAAGUUCUUUGAUAAAUAAACAAUCGUCAUUUUGUAGCCUAAA